AGGAGCAGCAGGGACGAGACAGCAGCGUGGAACAGAUAGCGGUCCACCGCGGCGAGCAGCCCCACCACCUGAUGUCUUUAUCAUAUCUCUCCCUCGCCCUUCGUCUCGUUCUCAUCUGAUCCAGAUUGGGGCGAGCCGGCGGGAGAGACGCGGAAAGUUAGUUGAGGGGCGGCGCCGAGAGCUUUCCAGUGGGGGGCCGGCUCCCUGGAGCGUAUCCCGGGAGGACAUCUGUGACAGGGGUGACAGAAGACUGGCUGGUGGUGGCGGGAGGGAGAGGUGUGUGUGUGUGAGGGCUCCUCGCGAGGUCCUCAGACACUUGUGUGUUGCCACUUUGCAGCGUGCUUGAGGGAGUGUGUGUGUGUGUGUGUGUGUGUGUGUGUGUGUGUGUGUGUGUGUGUGCUUGUGUGUGUGUGUGGAUGCGUGUGAGCGCGAGUGUGAGGAGUGAGGUGAGGCGGUCACCUGUUCAUUACACGCCAUGCCACAGAUGAGGACCUGGGAUUCCUGCUGAAGAGACAACCAUGGCUAAGGCUAAAGGACAUGGAGACGGCAUGGUGUCGUCCAACGAGAGCCGCCCCCGGCCGCUGUCGUCGGGCGGGGUGGAGGGUCUGUCCUGGCCCGCCCCACGGACCCUGCUGCUCCAGAAGAACUCCCUGGGCUUCGGAUUCACGCUGCGCCACUUCAUCGUCUACCCCCCAGAGUCCUCCCUGCAGAGCCCCCUCAAGGAUGACGAGAAUGGAAACGAAAAUGACAAAGGCGGCCAGCGUUCUCGCUUGGAGCCCAUGGACACCAUCUUUGUGAAGAGUGUGAAGGAUAAAGGCCCCGCCCAACUAGCUGGUCUGUGUACUGGGGACAGGUUAGUGAAGGUAAAUGGGGAGACUGUCCUGGGGAAAACCUACUCUCAGGUGAUAUCUUUAAUCCAAAACAGUCAGAACAUUCUAGAACUGUCCAUAAUGCCAAAAGACGAGGAUGUGUUGCAGUUGGUAAGUGCAUUCUCCCAGGACGCCUACCUGACCGGCAACGAGCCCUACAGCGGAGAGGCUCAGGACCUCCCCAAGCCUCCCUCCCUGAGCUACUCCGGCUCCAAGCCCAGCUGCACCCCCCUGCAGGGCGGCCACGACCCCCACCACAGCUCCCUGGACAACCGCCACCCCCACGCCGCCGCCGCUGCCGUGUCCCCCCUGGACAACCGCACGCCCGGCGCCGCCGCCCCGCCCACGCACGCCUCCGGCUGGCCCGGGGCGUGCCCGGACACGGGCGCGGGACACUUAGCGGCGUCGGGGCGGGAGUGGCGCGGGCGAUCGUCGUCGAUCGUCACCGCGCUCGACUUCCACUUCGCCAACCACAACGCCGCCAUCGCCUCGGCGACCCUGCCCCCGCCCCGCAAGGGCAGCCUCCCGGGCACGUCGCGCUCCCACUCGGACGCGCUGUGCCACCAGGCGCUGUCGGACUGGUACUACAGCCAGGCCGAGGCGGCCGAGCUCAUGUCCCCCCCGCGCCACUGCAGCGUCUCCCAGGACCGCCUGGCCGACCUGGGGCUGAGCCCGGCCCUAGGCCCCGCCUCCAAGCCGGAGUCCUCGGCCAAUCACCGCAGGCGCGAGACCCUCCUCUACCAUCAGCAGACCACGACGUGCUCCCCGGACCCCGGGUGGCGAGGCGGGGGUCCGUGGGGUCCGGGGAACAAGUCCUGCUCCGAGAGCCUGCUGGCGGCCUACGCAGAGUACGAGCACACCUACGGGCGCUCCAGGGAGACCCUCGCCCAGGCGACGGCUCUCGUCGCCCCGCACGCCCACCAACCGCACCCGCCCGGCUGCGACUCCCAGGGCUCACACUCAGCCAAGGGCCGGGAGCCAAAGCAGGAGCAGAGGCCGUCGGACCACCAGGUCGCAGUGACCUACCCUGUAACCGCGGCGACCGCCACAGCGCCCCCUAGGGGCCGGCAGGUCGCCGAACCCCAGACCCGGACGCUGCAGCAGGAGGAGGUGGUGGGCUACAAGAGCUACAGCCCCUCUUUCUGCCGCAAAGCGGACCACCUCCUGCAGCAGGCCCACUCGUUCCGGGAGUCCAACUACAGCAGCCCCUACCUCGCCUGGAGCCCCUCGGAGGGCGAGGGGGGCGCGGCGCCCCGGCCGCGCUCCACCCCAGCCAUGCCCUCCGAGGAGGAGGAGGAGGGGGAGGAGGAGGGGGAGCCGGAGGGGGAGGCGGAGAGGCAGGCCACGCCUCCCUCGCCCCUGAGCCAAGAGGUGGUCCUGAGGCAGAAGCCCCCCUCGGGGCGGCGCACGCUGGCGCUCCGACACACCAGCUACGCCCCGACCUUGGAGCACACGGAGCCCCCCGGGACGCUGCCCUCGGCUGGGUGGAGGGGGGGCAGCCUCCCUCGACGGGUCAACGGCAGCCUGGCCCAGCACACGCUGGACUCCCUGUCCUCCAUACCCUUCAUAGAUGAACCCACCAGUCCCAGUGUGGACCUGCAGGCCCGCCCCGUCCAGGCCUGCCUGGUGGUGUCUGUCCCCGACCCCCCAGCCUCCACUGUCCUCACCCCCAACACCGUCACCCCCACCCUGUCCCACUCUACCACCGCCCCCUGUGUCCGUCUCCGACCUAAGGAUUGCAGCAUGAAGGGGCGCCGGUCGUCCUACCUGCUGGCUAUCACCACAGAGCGCUCCAAGUCAUGUGACGAAGGUCUGAACACCUUCAGGGAAGAGGGACGCGUCUUCUCGAGAUUACCAAAAAGAGUCAAGAGCUUCUUCACCGAUGGCUCUCUGGAGACACUCAGAGCCCAAGAAGAGGCGAGGUCCAAACGCCACUCCACCUCUGAGCUGGGAACCAUCACCUUUAGCAACGUCCGCAAAGAGGGCUGGCUGCACUCCAAACAGAUCCUCACAGAGAAGGGGAAGAAGCUCGGCGGCAGCAUGCGACCGUGGAAGCGCGUGUUCUCCGUGCUGCGCUCCCAUUCGCUGUUCCUCUACAAGGACAAGCGGGAGGCGGUGCUCCACGGCGCGGGGGCCCCCGGCCAGGACCACCAGCCGCCCAUCUGCAUCCGGGGCUGCCUGGUGGACAUCGCCUACAGCGAGACCAAGAGGAAGCACACGCUGCGCCUCACCACGCAGGACUUCUGUGAGUACCUGCUGCAGGCCGAGGACCGCGAGGACAUGCUGGCCUGGAUCCGCGUCAUCCGGGAGAACAGCAAGACCGACUCCGAGGAGCUCGGUUUUUCCCGGCAAGCCCUCAUCAACAAGAGGUUGAACGACUACAAGAAACAGAGUCCCACGGUCAACAAGCCAGACCAUUCCCCCAGGGCCCACCGCAUGAUGCCCCCUUUCCUGCUGGCCAAGACGGACAACAACUCCGUGACCCGCUCCUCCAAGACCGGUGGGUCACACAGUAACUACGAUGACCUCAAGGCCGUGUGGGGCAUCCACAUCAUGAAGAAGAGCAAAAAGACGGGCACUCCCAAAGCCUUUGGCAUCAGACUGGAGGACUGUCAGCCUGCACUGAACAGCAAGUUUGUUCCCCUGAUCGUGGAGAUGUGCUGCGGGGUGGUGGAGGCCUCGGGGCUGGACUACACCGGGAUCUACCGGGUACCGGGGAACAACGCCAUGGUGUCCAACCUCCAGGAGCACCUGAACAAGGGCCUGGACAUCAACACAGCUGAGGAGAGAUGGCAAGAUUUGAACGUAAUCAGUAGCCUUCUCAAGUCCUUCUUCCGGAAACUACCGGAACCUGUUUUUACAGAUGAUAAGUAUAACGACUUCAUCGAUGCAAACCGGAUUGAGGAUGCCGGGGACAGGCUAAAAACCAUGAAGAAACUUAUCCAGGAACUCCCAGAUUACUACCACCACACUCUCAGAUACCUGGUGGGCCAUCUCAAGAAGGUGGCUGAUAACGCAGAUAAGAACAAGAUGGAACCCAGGAACCUGGCUCUGGUGUUUGGUCCCACGCUGGUCCGGACGUCGGAGGACAACAUGACGGACAUGGUCACGCACAUGCCCGACCGCUACAAGAUCGUGGAGACGCUCAUCCUGCACCAUGACUGGUUCUUUGAUGAUGGAUCACUGGAUGAGGAGGACGAGGCCCCGGAGGAUAAGCCUGACAGUCAGCCCGCGCCGAACAUCGACCACCUGCUGUCCAACAUCGGCAGGAGCGGCAUGCCUGGAGAGGCCUCAGAUUCCACCACCAGCGAUUCAGUUAAGUCCAAGCCGUCGUCGGGUCCCAAGAAGGACAUGAGCACCAGGGAGUUCCUCUCCAUGUCCAUCAUGUCCGCGGUGACCAGGAAGCGUAAGAAGAGCCCCAGCCUACACCCGGCGGGGGUUGGCAGCAGCAGCACGGACGACGACUCUGAGCACGAACCGGUCAAAACCAGCAACUACGGCGGCUCGGAGCAGAGAGAGCAUGGAGACGGGGACGAGGCCGCACAGGAGACGCCCACGAGGUGCGACCCUUCGAGGCGAGAGGAAGGAGGGGAAGCUGCCGAGGACUGCGUCCGCUGCGACGGAGAGAAGGCGGAGAAAGGGAUGCAGAAGGAGGAGGUGAAGAGGCGAGGCGAAAGGCCCGUGCAGCCCCGCCCCAGCAGUUUCCUUUACUCUCAUUAUUAUCAGUGUCCGACAAGGCUUCAUGCGAACUGCCAGAGACCCCUGUACGGAACCAGUCCUUUCCAGCACCCCAGGCCCCGAUACCUUGCCAAGCCACUGCCCGUGAUCCCCUCCUGGCUGCCUCCCGGAAGGCGGUGCCAGAACCCCGUCUCCACAACCAGACAGGAGCCUGAGUGUAACCAGCCGGUGUCCGUCCGAUACCGCACGGCGAGAGAAGGGCGAGAGAGAGCGGUGUCUAUGAACCUGGACCUCGAGAUGCAUCAGGCGGAAGAUUGGAGAGGAAAACGGGUGGAGGUUAUCAGAGUCAUCGAGGGAGUGCCAAGGGUUUUCGGUGCACCCCAGGGCUCCAUUCUCAGUCCUGUGGCGAUUCAGCAGAGACCACAGAGGAUAGACAGACUUCGUUCUACAGCAGCGGAGGCCCCGACCCUCUCUCCUCCUUCCUUGGGAUUCAUGGAUCCAGAUGCCGUGGUUGUCCUGAGGAAGUCGGCCAUGGACUCCCGGGACAAAAGGAGAGCAUUCCGUCGCCACACAGUUGUGGUUUGA